CUUAUUAAGUUUACUUAUUUUAUUUUUUAUAAAGAAUUUAGUACAAUAAAAAACUUAGUAUACGUAUUUAUUAAGGUUAUACUUUUAAAUUACGGUUUACUAAAAGAAAUUAUCUUUAAUAAAAAUAAACUAUUUAUUUCGAAGUUUUAA